GGCCAAAAAAGGAGUCGUCACGUGAAUCUGCCAUUUUCCAAUGAAUUUGAAACAUAGGGAUGGUGCCAUGCUGAAUACUUGGGCUUGCAGGAUAAGUAGAGUUGGAGUCAUCGUCUGAAGUCAAGAUAAUCAUCCAUUGUUCUGAAUUCAAACAUAUGAACGAAUAUUGGAAGUAUCUUGCUUACAAUUCAGGAAUUAGGCUGCACAGAGUACUGUCAUUCAAAUUCAUCACUUCAUCAAUAAAACUCUUUUCUCUGCAAUCAUCAAGUCAAUUCAAAAUGUCUACAAGGCGAUCAGCUCGUUUAAGUGCAGCUUCUAUCAUCGCCGAGAAACUACCUGAAACUACGUCUGCUUCUCCUGUGGCGAAAACUACCAGGGCUAUCGUUGGAAAUGGCCCAACAGGAUCUAAGGUUAAACUCAGCAGGAAGAGAAAGGCUAUAUCUCCAGAUAUAUCAGAUUCUUCACUGCCUCCCAUAGCAUCAAGUCCCCCAAAGAAGGAGGCCAUAUCCCGCGAAGAAUCCGAACCUUCUUUGCCUCCCAUAAAACCAGCCCUCAAAAAGAGGAAAAUUGCUUCGAAUGAAUCAUCCGACUCCCCACCCACCAAAAAUGCAAGUCCAUCGACCCCAAAGAGAAAGAAGACCUCUCCAAUUCUUCCACCUCCAGUGACUCCAACUCCGGCAGCUAUCGGGUCAAUGUCUAGUCCUUAUAAAGACGUUGGUGAUAGUAUGCCUCCACCUCCUGUUCCCGUUGAUCGUCUUGCAGUUCUUAAUGGAACAAAUGCUCCCUUAGUCACACCUGAAACUCAUCGACUCCUUGCCAACAAAUCUAUGGACGAAGUAUCUCCAUCGAAACCACCUGCAGUAAAAGUAUCAACCUCCGAUGUUUUGAACAAAGCUAUAGAGCACUUGAUCAAAGUUGAACCCAAGUUGAAACCAAUUAUUGAGAAACAUCCAUGUAAGAUGUUUUCCGCUGAGGGGUUAGCUGAAGAGAUUGAACCGUUCAGAGCGUUGGUUAGUGGAAUUAUAUCACAACAGGUCUCCGGUGCAGCGGCCAAAUCCAUCAAAGCUAAAUUUGUAGCUCUUUUCAAUCCACCUGAUUCAGAUCCAUCUACUCAUACAUUUCCUAACCCUUCCGCUAUUGUAGCUACUGACAUACCUAAUCUCCGCACCGCCGGUCUCUCUCAACGAAAAGCUGAAUACAUAUCCGGCCUCGCCCUCAAAUUUACAAAUGGUGACCUAACUACCCCCUUCCUCCUUACUGCCUCCUACGAAGAAGUUUUCGAUUCCCUAAUCCAAGUACGGGGUCUCGGAAAAUGGAGCGUCGAAAUGUUUGCCUGUUUUGCUCUCAAACGUCUCGAUGUUUUUAGUACCGGAGAUCUAGGGGUUCAAAGAGGAAUGGCUGCGCUCGUAGGAAGAGAUGUUGAGAAAUUGAAAAAAGCGGGAAAGGGAGCAAAGGGGGGUGGAAAAUGGAAGUAUAUGUCGGAGAAGGAAAUGGAAGAGAUAGCUGAGAAGUUUAGUCCAUAUAGAACUAUAUUCAUGUGGUACAUGUGGCGAGUAGAAGACACCGAUAUCACUACUCUUGAAGAAUAUUCUUGAAUCUGGAAGGUUAUGCACGUAUACGACUGUACAUGACGGUAUACACUACUUUUCAAAGAAGAAACAAUAGAUACAAAAGAGUCCCAAAUGAAAUACGAGGGUUAAUAAACGGAGUUUUUUAUGGGAAAUUAACCCGCCAUCAUGGAAAUGGGACAAUAAGACUUAGGAUGCGAAGUCAGGAUAAAUUGCAAGACACACACAGUACACCGAAAGAGGAUAAUGGAAUUUUGCAAUUCAUACUUUAUAAUUUAUCAUAAAAAUACACAAGAUUGA